AUGAGGGUCUUCGUCUACUUUGAGGACUCCUGUGAGCCUUUUGACAUCCCUCCAGAUCAGACCGUGGGGGCCAUGAAGCAGCUGGUGAAGGAAAACUUUCUUGUGCAACUCUCAGAUGACAAGCAGGCCUAUCACUAUCUGGAGCUGAGCUAUGGUGGUGCUGCCCUGCAGGACAGCUGGGCUCUGUGUGACGUGGGCAUCACCAGUGGCAGUGUCAUACGAUGCCUGAUAAAGAGUGAGCAAAGGCCUGUGAUGUACGUUUUCAAUGCUGUGACAGGAGAAACCUUACCAGUCAUGGGAAGUCACGCUCUUCUGCAUGUGUCCGUUGAUAGACUGAAAACAGUGGUAUCCAUGCAAAGCGGCCUCCCUGUCAGCGCCUUCAGACUGAGCAUGCUUACAGAUGUGCAGCUCUAUGACUGCAAUCAACUGCAAGACUAUGCCAUUGAAGAGGGCAUGACUCUUCGUUUGGACACAUGGGAUGGGUGGGUGGAGUUCCUCCAAGGUUGCCUCCUCGGCCACAGAUUGACAGUCCAGAGCCACCUAUCAGAGGAGAAGAUUGUGAUGAGGUUUCAGCUGAGGGUAGCACUGUACAUCGCUGCCUCUUUAGGCCACCUGGAUCUGGCAGGCUGGCUGCUGGAGAGAGGGGUGCUUGCUGAGGAACCAGUGGGAGUCCAUCCGUACCGCCAGUGGUGCCACCAAACCGCCCACCGAGACGCUGCAAAGUGUCCCAUCCAUGUAGCUGCAGAGAGCAGUCAGCUCCUCAUCCUCAAGCUCUUCAUCAACAAGAACCUUUUGACCUUGGCGUGUCGGGACCCUGGUGGUCGUGACCCUUUAAAAAUUGCCAUUCAGCAUGGUCACAGGGAUUGUGUGCUCUACUUAGCCAACAAGCUAUGCUCAGUAGUAUCCCUGCCAAAUAUGUCCCUGCCCAUGCGCAUAUACCUCCAGAUGAAACACUGGGUAAGUUUGGGGCAGAAGAGAGUGGUCUCCAAUCAAUGCCAGUACACCAGUGCUCUAUAUAAAGACAGGGUGGGACAUAUGUUGCUGGUAGAUGGCUUCAACCAGCCACACAUGUGCUCCAGAUCCAGGAAAGCUGAGACCAAACCAAGAAGAGGAAUCAGAGCCAAAGCUUUGCAACACUUACCACCCAUCAGCAACUUACUCUCAGUAUCAUACCUCCCCUCCAAAAGGUCAUCACCCAACCUACCCAGCCUGCAGUCUGUAAGCCCUGGUGACUAUAAAGAGAAACAGCAAAGGUGGAAGCAGCAUAGAGAUGAUGGCCAUUCUGAUAAAACAAAGGAAAGAGACCGCAUUGUUUGCAUGGGCAACUUUACGCUCCCGCAAGUUGCAAGAGAAAGCAUUCCCAAGCCAGUGUUUGUUGGUUCAUCACAAAAAUCUUCCAAUCUUGUGACUGCAUCUCUGGAGUCCCUCUCUCAGCACUGUGGCCGAACACCAAGAGAAAAUGCCAUAUACUGCUUGAGUAUAGCCAGUAAAUUCACAGAGAAACCUUGGUUCAAGCAGCUGAGCAUAGCACGGACUUUGAUCAGAAAGCAAGUCCACUCCGUGCCUUGA